CGCAUUCCAUCUCAUCUCGCUGUUGCCAUGAGCAAGUUCUGCUAAACGCAUACAGUCGGUUACCCCUUGUUCAGCUAUCAUCCUUCAACAAGACUCAACUCCACAGCCCCAUCUCCCAAGCAAAAACUGCCAAAAAUCUUACCCCUGUAGACGCUACUCAGUACCUCGGUAAAUCAUGGCCGACUUCUCCGCUGCGUUCAAUUCAGUGCCGCCGGUCACUCGCACAAUACUCAUAGGACUUGGGGCUGUUACUUUCCCAUGUCUCUUGGGAUUGACAUCUCCAGCGUCUGUUGCAUUACUGUGGAGGAGAGUAACCCAAGGAUAUGAAAUAUGGCGCCCCUUAACGUGUUUCUUCUUUGGAGGUGGCGGUUUUCCACUGCUUUAUGAUUUUUUCCUCAUAUACAGGAAUUCCUCCUCUAUGGAAAAAGAUACCUAUCUUUCUAACACAGCUGAAUAUGCUUGGCUACAUGUCGUGAUGGCUAUUUUCAUCCUUAUAUUCAACAUGUUUGUUGGCCUACCAUUUUUGUUCCGCCCCCUUCUCCAUGCUCAAACCUAUGUUUGGUGCCGUGUAAAUCCUACAGUCAAAGUCUCCAUAUUUGGACUGUUGACAAUACCCACAAGCUUGUACCCUGUAGCCCUCAUUGUUCUUGAUCUGUUAACAGGCGGGCCUCUAAAAGCAAUCAGUGGUGUCAUGGGACUGUUGGCAGGACAUCUAUGGUGGUUCCUCUCGACUUAUCUCCCACUCUAUGCACCUUCUCAUUUACGCCGCCAAAACCCCCUAGCAACUCCUAGUUUCUUCAAAUCGUGGUUUAUCAACAACAGCUCCAACAGACGCACAUUCCAAUCAGUUGGAACAAGUAUGCAGGCCCAAACAUCCUUUGCAACAAGCAGUUCUCGGUCAGAAGCAGCACAGGAAGCAAGGCAUAGGUGGGGUGGGGGGCAGCGGUUAGGAGGUUCUACUCUUUAGCUUGUGUAUCCUGAAGCAUUGUUUUUGUGUAGAGCUCACUGCCAGAGCUUAUGUGACAUUGGUGUAGGAGUUUAUAAAGCAAUGUCACUUCAUUGGAUGUGCUGCAUAGCAUGGCAGUGUGUCAGUAAAAUGAUAUGGAUGGAAGCAGACAUGGUCACUAAAAGCCAACUCGGAUGGGCUGCCUGGGUCAAAUCACCAUUUGUACAGACUGAGAUACAAGCACAUAAGGGAUAGGAUAUGUGGUGGAGGAUCACACACAGCAUACAACAUGACAUCUUUGCUGCUGCAUAAGAUAUGAC